GUGUCAGGUCUUGAAGCAUAGGGUGAAGGUUUCUCUCCACGGUGCAUGGACGGAAAGCCAAUGCGCAGGUGUACCAGUGCUCGGCCAGGAGAGACCGGAAUGGACGUGACCAGCCGCUGCACGCUCGGAGACCCCAACAAGCUGCCGGAGGGGGUGCCGCAGCCGGCUCGCAUGCCCUACGUCUCUGACAAGCACCCUCGGCAGACUCUGGAAGUCAUCAACCUCCUCCGGAAGCACCGGGAGUUGUGCGAUGUGGUGCUGGUAGUGGGUGCGAAGAAGAUCUACGCCCACAGGGUGAUCCUGUCGGCCUGCAGCCCUUACUUCCGAGCCAUGUUCACCGGGGAGCUGGCGGAGAGUCGGCAGACGGAGGUGGUGAUCAGAGACAUCGACGAAAGGGCCAUGGAACUGCUGAUUGACUUUGCAUACACCUCUCAGAUCACUGUGGAAGAGGGAAAUGUCCAGACCUUGUUGCCGGCGGCUUGUCUUCUCCAGCUGGCUGAGAUCCAGGAGGCCUGCUGCGAGUUCCUCAAGAGACAGCUGGACCCUUCCAAUUGCCUGGGGAUCCGAGCCUUUGCUGACACUCACUCGUGCCGUGAACUGCUGAGGAUUGCUGACAAGUUCACACAGCAUAACUUCCAGGAGGUAAUGGAGAGUGAGGAGUUCAUGCUGCUUCCUGCCAAUCAGCUCAUAGACAUUAUCUCCAGUGAUGAGUUAAAUGUUCGCAGUGAAGAGCAGGUGUUCAAUGCAGUGAUGGCCUGGGUGAAGUACAGCAUUCAGGAAAGAAGACCCCAGCUGCCACAGGUCCUGCAGCACGUCCGGCUGCCCCUGCUGAGCCCCAAGUUUCUUGUGGGUACAGUGGGAUCUGAUCCACUUAUUAAGAGUGACGAGGAAUNCAGGGAUCUAGUGGAUGAAGCUAAAAAUUAUCUGCUGUUGCCCCAAGAGCGGCCGCUGAUGCAAGGACCAAGAACCAGACCACGCAAACCCAUCCGCUGUGGAGAAGUGCUCUUUGCAGUGGGGGGCUGGUGUAGUGGAGAUGCCAUUUCCAGUGUGGAGCGCUACGACCCUCAGACCAACGAGUGGAGGAUGGUGGCUUCCAUGAGCAAAAGACGCUGUGGUGUGGGAGUCAGUGUCCUGGAUGACCUCCUCUAUGCUGUGGGAGGCCACGAUGGUUCCUCUUAUCUCAACAGUGUGGAAAGGUACGAUCCAAAGACAAAUCAGUGGAGCAGUGAUGUGGCCCCCACCAGUACCUGCAGGACCAGUGUUGGAGUAGCAGUUCUUGGGGGCUACCUCUAUGCUGUUGGUGGCCAGGAUGGUGUCUCUUGUCUCAACAUUGUGGAAAGGUAUGAUCCCAAAGAAAACAAAUGGACUCGAGUGGCUUCCAUGAGCACCAGGCGCCUGGGGGUUGCAGUGGCUGUACUGGGGGGCUUCCUCUAUGCUGUGGGAGGCUCUGAUGGGACAUCUCCUCUCAAUACUGUGGAACGCUACAACCCCCAGGAGAACCGCUGGCACACGAUUGCACCCAUGGGGACAAGGAGGAAGCACUUGGGCUGUGCAGUGUACCAAGACAUGAUCUAUGCUGUGGGAGGCAGAGAUGACACCACGGAGCUCAGUAGUGCUGAGAGAUACAACCCUCGAACCAACCAAUGGUCUCCUGUUGUGGCCAUGACAUCCCGCCGGAGCGGAGUUGGCCUGGCAGUAGUGAACGGGCAGCUGAUGGCAGUGGGGGGUUUUGAUGGCACAACGUACUUGAAGACCAUUGAGGUGUUUGAUCCAGAUGCCAACACAUGGAGGUAA